AUGUUAGCAGAUUACAAUAUUUUUGGUGAUCUUUGUGAUCGAAUUUCACCAUUUUACGAUUUUGGCGUUUAUUUAUUACGUGGUCAUACGCUAUUUACGUUAACUUUCCUCAUAAUAGCAUUGAUAAUAUUUGUUGUGACAGUUUGCCAUCAUCGUAACGUACGUCGACAAAACAACGUAUUAAGCGGAGAAACACGUGAAUGUAAACCACAACGUCGACGUGAAAUGCUCUUUAACACACUUCUCCUAUCCAUUUGCGCAUAUUUUUUCUCAAUUGCUGGUCAAUCAUUUGUUGAAAUAGCUGUUUUCUGGGCGGAAAAUCGUGAAGAUGCAACGGAAUGGGCUCGUUGGUUUCAAUUAGCAAGAAUUACCGCAUUUGUUGACCCACUUUUCAAUCCGUUAUUGGUUAUAUUAAGGAUACCAACAUUAAGUGCUAAGUUACGGUGGAUUGGUCGUUAUAUUACCAAUAUGACAUUAUUAUUUUGUUGUCAUAAAAGAGCCAAGAAAAGAAAGCCAAAGCCAAAACGAAUAUUAGGAUCCGCUACCGGGGUGUCCUCAACUAUUCCUCAUAGUAUACAUUCCGAUGAUUUCUUUUCCAAGUUAUUAUGCCAUCGAAAUUUUCCAUCGAAAUUACCAUCAACAUAUCGUCGCAGUAAUAGUGGCACUAUUGUUGGUAAUAGAUUUCAUGCAAGAGCACUUAAUUUUGUCCUUCAAGAUUUAUAG